GCGGCUGAGUCGACGCGGCCCCCAACUGCGAGGUCCGGCGAGAGGGUGCGGAGUCCACUUGUGGAGAGGAGUGAUAUGAAGGCGAGACUAGUGGCUCCGCCCCUCUCUGACUCGGAAAUUGGAUUCUGCGGGUCCUCGGGACCGUCAGAGUGCCGGAUCUCGAUCCUUGGGGUGGGACCCUACCUUGCAGGGGUCUGAGCGCCCCCUCCUGGGGAUAGGCGCUCUGGCCACUUAGAAUACUGUUGGAGCCUGAUUGGUUGAAGAGAGAUUUUCCUAAAACCCUGGGGAUCCCAGUCACUUGGGGCGGGAGGACCUGGUUUGGUACUCCAGCGUUUCCUAUAUUGUUAGGCCCCUUCCCUAGUGGCUUAUGUCCCUUGCCCGGGGUCAUGGAGACAUUGCGUCCACCACGGCGGCGCCUCUGUCUGAAGAAGGGGAAGUGACUUCCGGCCUCCAGGCUCUGGCCGUGGAGGAUACCGGAGGUCCCUCUGUCUUGGCCAAUAAGGCCGAGGAAGAGGGGGAAGGAGGACAGGAGGAGGCCGAGCAUGCCGGGCCCGGGACUGAGGAGGCAACUGAAGUACCCAGCGCCGAGGGGGAGGAGCGUGUCGAGGGAGAAUCCGAGGACUGGUGCGUGCCCUGCAGCGAUGAGGAGGUGGAGCUGCCCGAGGACGGACAGCCCUGGAUGCCCCCGCCCUCUGAAAUCCAGCGGCUCUAUGAGUUGCUGGCUGUCCAAGGUACCUUGGAGCUUCAAGCGGAGAUCCUGCCCCGACGGCCCCCUACACCCGAAGCCCAGAGUGAAGAGGAGAGAUCUGAUGAGGAGCCGGAGGCCAAGGAAGAAGAAGAGGAAAAACCUCACAUGCCUACAGAAUUUGACUUCGAUGAUGAGCCAAUGACACCAAAGGACUCCUUGAUUGACCGGAGACGCACCCCAGGAAGUUCAGCCCGGAGCCAAAAAAGGGAGGCCCGCCUGGACAAGGUCCUCUCAGACAUGAAGCGACACAAGAAGCUGGAGGAGCAGAUUCUUCGUACUGGGAGGGACCUCUUCAGCUUGGACUCAGAGGACCCCAGCCCAGCCAGCCCCCCACUCCGGUCAUCAGGGAGUAGUCUCUUCCCUCGACAGCGGAAAUACUGACUGUUGUUUCUACUGCCUCUAGAAUGCAGAGACUGUAUCUGCUAGGGCCUGAGUCCUCUUUUCCUAACUUUCCUAACCCAGGAUGCUGGGAAACUUGGGAAAAAGAACCCCAAGCUCCCAACACAGCACCUUGCAGUGUAAUGCCAGAUUCGUGGGACCCCAAUAGACCUCCAGGAGCCGAAUCCAA